GUCCCUAACAUCACAACAGCAACCCCACUUGACCAUCUCUGUGAUUGUCUACUGAAAUUGCAAAGAACUGAAGGUGUGAUCACUGAAACCAUGCUGAAGUUAGUGCUUGUGCUUGGAUGCCUCCUGAGCCUCACUCUGGCUCAACCUAGAGACAUGGCUCACAAACGUGUUGCCCGCUCAAGUUCUGAGUCUAACUCAGCAUCAGGCUCCAACGAGCAAACUACUGGUACUAGUAAUAUUUCUGUUUCACAACUGCUUGAGCUGCUGAGACUCUUACUCUCUACCACAACUACAACUGCAGCCACUACUACUACUACUACUACAACUAAAGCUCCUGCCACCACUGCUGCUGCAACUACCAAGUAGAUUCUGAAACUGAAGCAGAGAUCAACAUGAGAAUGAAAUCCAAUCAUGAGCGAUGUGCAUGUUCAGUUCAAGUAAAUGUGGAUCAAAAUCAGCAGUUUCCCUUGUGAUAUCUGCUUAAUAAACUUCACAAUUUGAAAAAGA